AGACGAGCCAGUACAGGUGGUUGUUUGAUCGACGGCCGUAGAGAAGAGCUGCGAGUGAAGAGCUCCCUCGGCGACUUACGGAGGAGUCCCGCCGACGAGCGUCGGCGGGCGGACCCCGUGCACUUCACACUGGGGGGUGACAACGUAAACUGGACAGGGGAGGAGUUGACCCGCGCGCCGCACUCGCAGUCGCAGCCCGCUCUGCGCGCCUCGCUGCGCGGCGCGCCGCUACCCCCGCCGCGCCGCGCCGUC